AUGUCCAAAAUUCUGGGAAAGUAUCAGCAUGAACGAAGCGAGAAUCUUGACGAGUACUUCAAGACUCUAGAGCUGCCUUACCUGGUCAGGAAGAUGAUCAACAUGUCCAACCCGAAGAUCGAGGUGACCAAAGAGGGGGACAAGUGGAUAGUAACGACUGUGACUAUGAUGCGCACGCAAGUCUGGGAAUUCACGCUUGGAACUGAGUGGGAAGAGGUGAUGCCAUCUGGCGUUAAACUCCAGUUAAUACUAACGAAUAUUGUUAAUAUUGGAUUUUUAUCCUUCGCCCGACAUUCUCAUAAUUGCUGCUCGAAGAGUAAAGACGAAGAGGAAUUAGUCGGGCCGGUGGACAAGGACAAGAACAAGUUACUGUGUCGUAGUUGUAUGAAAUUAAUGCCCCGAAAAAAAGUAACAGUUGACUUAGAAGCUAAAAAAUUAUCUAAAUGCAUCAGUUGCACGUGGCUCUAUCAACAGACCGUCAAAAAAAUAGACUACGACCCUUACAGCUAUCUAUUAAAUGACAUACGCGCGGAUGAGCUCAGUAAAAAGUGUGUCUCAACGCUCCUGUAUGUUAUUCAAGAGCCAGAAAUGUAUCAUUUGGUUAAAAAUAUAUGGCACGGACGCUCAAUAGUCAGCGAGGUCGAUGACAUUUAUCGCUUGAGGCUUGUCAGGUUCCACGUAGAUCGGGAAUGGGCUCCUUGGAAUUGUAUUCUGCUAACCGAGGAAGAGAGCAAAGCUCAUUAUUAUAUCACAGAUCUCUGUUCCGUGUACUCAAAGCAAUUGCUUUAUAAAAUUUAUUUAAUUCACCAGACUGCCAGGAGUCAUUUUCAGCGCGCGCUUGCGCGCGUAAAUUCAAUUCUACGGCUGUUGACCAAUAAUGGGUUCAUUGAGCAAUUAAAAAUUUAUUUAUCAUCAAUAAAAGUAAUAACUCUAGCAAGUAAAAUAGCCGCGAUGGUGCUCGUACAAGAAGUAAAUAAUGAAGAAAAUAAAAAAUUGGGCAAAUGGAAAAAUAUAAUAACAGGAAAAGAAUACUUGGAUGCGGCUACUCAAGCGUCAACUCGCCACCGCAGUAGUUUCAGAAAUAUCCUGACCGUGAACCGCGUUACGCAGACUCCAAGUUUCACUGCUUGUAAAUACACUUCUGCAUUUUACGACAAAACUAUUCAAACUUCUAUUCUCCCGGAUUUAAGUGACAAACUUUUGACGCCUUCUUCUGCUGCGCGUAAUCGAUUGACCACUGAACUUCAUCGUCUUAGAGCCAAAGAAUUAUUUUCAACUCGUAAAUUUUCCAAGUUGGAAGAGGAGAGUGCACCUCCUGUAAAAGAUAAGUUAGUGAGAUUGAACGAAGAUAAGCGGUUUGAGAUAGUCGAGCGGCGAACGCCACGUACUCGCUCUGAUUUUGAGAUGUUACAUAACAUGUUGGACCGAUGGAGAGUACUGGAGAGCGAGCAGGUUGAUUGUGUGCUCUUCGGAAAUUCCCUGAUGGCUGCUAAGUCCCUGAUCCUCCUGAAAGAGAUAGAGCUGCUGCGUUCUAUCGAGUUAUCCAAGUCUAAAGUUCGUGAGGAGUUGAAAGAACGACGAAAUCUUGAGUUCCUGGAUAAAUUGGCUAUGCUCGAGUGCUGGAGGACUCGAGAUGGAAAAUUGAUAAAGGUGGAAACCCAGAGAGUGGCACGGGCACGAAAGUGCAGAUCCUUGUACUUAACAUUGAUGCAAGUUGAUGACACUACUGGAUUCGGUUCUGCUGCUGGUGAUAGUACUGGAACCAGUGUUGGUAAUAGUGUUGCUGCUGGAAGAAUUGAUACGCUGGAAAACAUCAAGAAGCUCAUUUACGGACAUACCUGUCAACCUGCCAGAGAGCUAGAGUAUCUCGUGGAUCAAGAGAUUGAAUUUACCAGAAGAAAUUUUGAUUAUUCUGUGAUGAGUCAAUUGAAAAAUCGGAUCAAAUUGGCCUUUUUAAAGUUUACCACGCUCUAUUGCCAAGAGGAAAGCUAUUAUGAAUAUCACAACAGAGAUAUUAUGACUUUUUGCCGUCGUUGCGGUAAAUUAUUACCAAUAACCGAAUCGAGUGAAGACGAACCAAGUGUCCCGACGUGCAGCAGUUGUAUAUCAAUGCGCCCGAGCAAAAACCCAAAGAUACUUUACGAGCCGUACGAGCAGAUGCUGAAGGAUUUGCGUAAAUCCGAAGCUCAGAUGGGCUUAUUCGACGGCCUGGCUUUUCACAUUGACCCUCGGGUGCUUCAUCAGCUUGUCAAUUACAUCUGGCACGGGAAAUCCGGAAUCUCCGAAUUCGAUGAUCUUUUUCAAUUACGGCUGCUGCGUUUUCGCAGGGAGGUUGAAUGGUCCCCGUGGAAUUCGGUCCUUCUGACGAAGCGCGAAGCUGCAGUUCAUCAGGCAGUGGCUAAUCCUUGGGACCUCUACGAGGCGAGUCUCGUCCAGAAAUUUUUGCUGAGAAAUCUUCAAGCUAAAUUGUACUUUAAUUAUUUAGUCAACGACUUUGCGAGGGUCGAUCAAAUAUUUGAAGAAAAAAAAUAG